AUGCGCCCGGACUUGUGCCCACAAUUGUAUGGUCUAACAUCUCUUGCGGGCAGCGGAGUCCAAGUGAUGGACGACGAGCCAUCGGCGUCAGGUCCCGUCAGUCGCCGACAGUCGUUUAUUGCAUACCAACCGUUGGAAUCUCGGCGCUCUGGCAGCGUUAUGCUUUCGACGGCUGCGGCGGUCUCGUCCUCUGCUGGACAUCACACCGCAGCAUCUUCCUUCUCCAGCUCGGCGUCCUUCCGCUCAUCGGCUGCCGGUAUCAUAGCCAUUCCCACGACGAUCGAUUCUGGGCUGCAGUCUGCACCACCCACCCACGUGCGCGACAAUGUUCCACUCGUGGAGUCUCGCUUUGGAUCGCUGCGCCAGCACGACGCACCUCGAAGCUCCCGCGAUUUCCACUAUGUGGUGGUGGGAAGCACGGCGUCUGCUCACAUUCGCUCCGUCCAACAGCACCGCGUGGUCCCCGGCGGUCGAGUUGCCGCUGGGGCGAGUAUGAUUUCCGUUGCCAGCGUUCGUUCCCACGCUCCAUCAUCAUUGCAGGUUCCCGGAGCGGACGUGCCCGUCCCAACGGUCACAACCAGCGAGGAGGUGCCUGCUCUCCUUUCCGAGCAAUUCCACGCCGUGUACGCUCAGCACCGCACAAGCUUCUUGCACAUUUCCAUUCGUCCUCAGUCUGUGACCAUCUUCUUGUACAAUUGGACACCCAGCGCGCGCGAGCGUUUCUCAAGCGCCUUCCUGCGUCUUGCCUCGUGGCAUCACAUCCGCUCCCACACCCUCUCGCAUAUUUUGCAUCAAAAGAUGGGCUUGUUUGCCCACUGCUCAGCCAGCGCCCCGCCGCUCGAGCUGUCGACGACGCUUGCGACCACCGAGCCGUCCGGCUCACAAGGCCAAUCAACCAAUGUUGCUGCGUCUGGGUCUGGAUCCGGUCUGAGCAGCAGCGGCGGCUCGGCGACUUCCGUCAUUCCUGGAAGCAACGCUCGUCUCACGCUCGAAAACGUUGAAAUCCUCAUGAGCAGUACAAUGCCUACGCGCCGAGCCGCGGAUACAGUGCUCAACUCGUCCUCGUCGGGCUCCAUGUCCACUUCCUCCCCUUCGACUACAGCUGCGUCGCCCAGCAGCGGCACAAACAAUUCGGGUGCGUCCUCUGGUGGCUCACAACCCACAGGGUCAGUUACUCCGGGAUUCCGGCCCGCGCACUUGCAACGUCGCUCUGGACCUGGCGGUCAAGCACCUACAGCAGCCUCCUCGACGACCUCGACGCCCUCCUCCGAUGAUGCCGAGCAGCGCCAGCGACGCCGUCUGGCAGCCAUGGCGUCGUUUGAGCUCGUGCUGAAGAGCAUUGUACCGACCCAUCCGAUGCAUCUCACCAACGUGAGCACUGUUUCCGACCCAUUGACGCGCCACGGCUUCCAGUUCCUCGAAAUGUCAGCUGCAUUGAACAGACAACUCCAGCGACACACACGCAUGCGUGAGCUCUACCAGCGCUGGAUUCGACGCGAACGCUCUGGACCACCGAGUUCUUCGUCGUCUGGUGCCGGCCCAAGCAGUCAAUCUGCGCAGGCGUCCGCCGAGGAUCAGCGCAAAGCUCUGGCGAGCAAUGUGCGCAUCAUCAAACGUGCCUCGCGGCUCGUCCAUUUUUGCCGCAAACCUUUGCUGUUCAGCUCGCGACGCAAAACCCUGAUCCAAGACGAUGGUCGCCCGCUUGCGCCGACAGGACCAAGCGCAUUGUCUACUGCUCCACCAACGUCAAGUCUGCCUACAGCCCAAUCCGGACCGACCGGUUCGACGCCUGUUGCGCGCCAACGAAGCGCUGACGGUGUCUUUGAGGGCAAAAGCGGCGCGAGUGCUCAGCAAGCUCUGUCUGUUUCUUCGUUUGCCUCGAACGAAUUGGCCGCUCUUGCGGCUACAGAGGCUGACCAGCGAUGGUACUUGGAAAUGCUUGCGCGGUUUAUCAAGCAGUAUGUGUCUUAUUUGGAGUCACUUGGAUUUUCCCUGAUUGGGGUUGUCGACAAUGCUUCCAGCGGUGAUGCAACUUCGUACGCUUCGCCAGUGCAACACGCGCACUCUCAGAGCCCAGCUGCCUCUUCGCCUGCCGGAUCGUCGCCUGCUGCUGCUGCUGCUGCUGCUGCUGCUGCUGCUUCGCCUUCUGCGUCGAACUCGAGCAGCAGUUCGUCGCUGGUGAUUGGGUUGAGCAGCCGACGACAGACAUCGCGCUCGGCACAACCACCCGUCACUGCGACCAACCCACCACUCUCGUCCGGCUCUUCUAGUGGCAGCACGUCUCAGGUUCGGACGAGCAGCGAGCUUCUGUCCGCCGCAGUCGCACAAAACCCUCUCGCACUUUUGACCUCGAGUACCUUUUUGCAAAAAGUGUAUUCUGGCGGCAUGGUGCUCGUCAAGGUAUCGUUCCGAGAUGUCUUUGUCUGCAUCAACAUGUACGCCACGGAAGGAUCCCGCAUGCGGGCUAUCCAGCAGCCAUUUGCUCCGAUGACUUCCACUUUCAGCGACAGCAUGCAACAGGCCAUGUAUGCCUCGCAGACCUCAUCGCAGCAAGCCAACAAGCUGGCGAGCAGCUCCAGUUCCACGUCUGCCUAUGUCGUCUCCCUUUCGGGAAAGGCAGCUGUGGAGCAAUCGCGAAAAUUCACCGAAGAGUGCGCCCGUCUCAAGGAUUACCUGCACAUCAACUCGUUCACUUACGAUUUCCACCUGCGCUAUUUCCAGCAAUUUAUCGUGGACAGCACGUUGCGCUAUCCUUCGCUCCAUCUCUUGGAUUUGCUCCAAGACUUUAUGGCACUGAAUAUGCCGUCCACCUUUGCCCGGAACCGGAUUUACAAGGGUGCUGUGGCGCUCGACCCGAACAUCUCCUCGCCCGACGAGUUCUUUGCGUUUAUUAGCCGUCGUGCGUCGCAUUACGGCUUUUACUCGCUUGACGAGCUAUCUCUUAUUGCCGAUAUGAAUGGAGCUGUGCCGUCGUCGUCGUCGUCCUCGUCUUCUCCAGACGCCAUCUUUUUGCUCUCGCGCAGACCCGACCUCGGUCUUGGGGAGCUGCAGUCGCAAGCUUUGACUCCAGGAGGGAGACCGUCCGCGGCCGACUCGCGUCGUCCAACAGGCGCGAUCGAGUUUUCUUCGCAAGGCGACUACGACUACUUGCUGCUCGUAUUCCCAGAGGAUGGCAGACUUGCAGCCACUGCUCCGGCGGAAUUGAGACUGUCGACGGUGGCCAAUCGCGUGACUCCGAGGGCGUUAGACGUUAGCCCGAUCACAGGGUCGUUUACGGAUGUUGAUGCGCGUAGCUUUACUCUGAAUUACGUUCUCCUGGCGACCAAUGUCCGCACCACGUUCCCGAUUUUGAACUGGCAGGCUGCCCAAGCGUCGGCGCCAUCCACGGCGGCUGCAGCGGCUGUGUUAGGAGCCCUGCUCAACCGCUCCACCGCUGGUGCAGCCGACGAUCGCGCGCCGGCCGUCUGCACCAUUCGCCGCGACACUGCGUGGGAGGCUCUUCGUCAAGGCACCGAAAAGCCCAACAAGGCAGGCCUCACGGCGACCGAGUUUAUGCGGCUGAUGCAGCUGAGCCAGCGCGAGGACUUUGCACUCACCGACCCGACCGUUGCGAGCGUGCUUUGCAUGCCUGUUCCGUGGGAGAAGGUGCUUUCUUCCGUCGUCGCCAGAUUCGGCAAGGACGUGCGAGACAUUCUCACCGACACGUCCAUCUCUCCGCCCGUCCCUGCGUCCAGCGUCAAUCUGAGUUUGGUGCCCGUGACUCCAAUGCCCGAGUCUACUCGCACGGCAGAAGGCAUGUUGUCGUCGUCUGUGGCUGCUGCUGCCCAGUUGGCUGUCCCGCCGCAGCGGCGCAUGUCUAGCAGUGGCCCCAGUGGCGGUGCCGGUAGCAGCAGCGGCGGCUUUUUUGCGUCGCUCGGAUUUGGCCGCAAAACACCAGUCGUCCCUAUCCCAACGGCCACGACCGCGACGGUCGAGGUAGCCACCGGCCUGACCUCCCCGCUGGCAACGUCCGUGACGUCCGCAGGGCUUGCAUCACCUCUGGCGCCGCCUUCAUCUGUCAUGUCCAACACGAUGGGCUUGUCUGGGUCCUAUGUGACCACGUCGUAUGCUCCAGGGUCGACGUCUGGCGCAGUCACGCUCUCCAGCAAUCCAGUGCCUGGAAGCGGCACGUCUGUUCGCCACGUCGUGCUCCUGAAUCCGGCAUUUGCCGACGUCUUGCUGCACCUCCAACACGAUCGUGUGGCGCGCAAGUUCUCCAUCACCUUUGUCCAUCGCGAGGAGCCUGUUUCCGACGACGCCCGCGCGAGCGAGUUGCAGCAUGCCGCCAGCGUCGUCAAUGUCAUUUCCACCCUCAUGUGGACGCUCAUGCUCAAUGACUAG